AUGGCUGAAAUAAUGCGCCUCAGCAUGCAUGAAAUGAUCUACCUCGGCCCCGGCGGAGCGCAUAUUUUCACUCACUUACCAUACCCAGGAGUUAGCAAAAUCGGGUUCUCCCCACACCGAUCCCAAGAUACCAUCGCAAAACUUCUCGUUCUCGGAUGGGUCGUCCAGAGAUCAACCUCAGAAUGCAACAACCCACCCGACGGCCCCUUCAAGGUCUGGAAGGAAGAAGUCGAUCCACUUACCCCAGAGGAGUGUGAACAGCUUCCACGGAACCCGGACACAAAGACUUUGCAUACUCCAUGGCGCGACCAAAUCUAUUAUAUGUGGAACCAUGUCUUUUAUGAUGUUGGCAAUUGGCUGUCAGCGAUGUACCGCGCUAGAAGCUUCGAGCCACCCAACAUAGAGCUCUUCGCCAUUGAUUUUCCGACGUCCCAUGAGAAUGGCAAUAGUGGGAAGGUUCCCGCCGCGACGAAAGUCUGGGACUCAAAUACUCUGCUUGCUCCGGCUUACUUGGCCCCGGGGGUUUCUUUGCGUGUGGAGACGCUUCAGCCUGGCGAAGAGGAUAAGGAACCUUCUCAUCCCGCCGACUUUGAUCAUAAGGACCGUUAUUGUGUUUGGUUUGUGAGGGAGGGGCUACAAAUGCGAUUCUAUGUCGAAGGAGACUGGGAUCAACGCACGGACGGAGUGGCUGCAGUGAUGGUUUACGGGAAAAUGUUAGGCGAGCCGGUCAAGGUUUUGGACCAAGAGAGCGAAGAGAGCGAGGAGAGCGAAGGAGAUGAAAAUGAUGGAGAUGGUGAAGAUGGUGAACAGAAAGAGUAG